AUGUCGUCUUUGUUCAUCCUUUUGUUACUUCUGCAUUUGCAAAUUCGUGUCUUUUUUUCGUAUGAUUCGCCAGUUGUUGACAGUCUCGUCUACGUCAAGUACCACCCGCGUUUUAGUCCUGACAUCGUAUCGCCUCCCAAGGGUCUCAACAACUUUAGUAAAACAUCGCCAAUCGGUAAUGUAACUCUCCCAUUCGGCUUCAAGUAUACCAAAUAUGAUAAUUUCACGACCAAUCGUCCCUGGUUAUCUGGUACUUCUGGGUUGCAAAUAUUGCGCACAAACGUUAGCUUUUCAAACCAAAUGAAGCCACCUCCACCAGUCAUUGACUUGUCAAACAUCGAUAAUAAGAAGCUAAGGAAUGUCAUCAUCCAUAUUAGGAUUGAAAAAUGUGCGGCUACAUGCGCAAAAAAACUAUCGGGGUGUCAAGGAGGCUGUGAAUCCGCCAAAUCUUCGUUCACCCUCGAGACUUGUCGAAAAAAAUGCUUAGAUCAG